AGAAACGUAAACAAAGUGGGAAUUUUGACAUGUCUAAGCGUUGAUUACAUUAAUUCUAGUGUUUUCUAAGAAAGUCUGCACUUUUCAGUUCAUUUAAGAAGAAGCAGGGGCAUUGGUUAUUCUUAUUCUGUUAUGAUAAGUGGCCAAUAUGAGCGACAGCGAUGACGAUUACGCUUUCUUUGGAAGUCCUGUGCGGGAGCUUGAUGAAGAUGAAUUACGAAAGCAGAAAGUCCCAAGAAUUGAGGACCAGUUUGCCAAGGACAAACAGGGUCGACGGAGGUUUCAUGGUGCCUUCAGUGGAGGAUUCUCAGCUGGUUACUUUAACAGUGUUGGAUCAAAGGAAGGUUGGACUCCCUCCACAUUCGUAUCAUCCAGAGGCCAGAGGGCUGAUUCCAAAGCAGCAAGGCCUCAAGAUUUUAUGGAUGAUGAGGACCUAGAAUCAUAUGGAAUAUCCCCACAAGGAAUCCAGGCUACAUCAAGUUACGACAGCAAUGACCCUCAAAAGCGCAAGCGUGUGAUAGACCCUGAUGGACCCAUCCCUGGAGUCCCUGUCUUGGAAGAUAUACUCAAACCUGCUAGGGAAACUAUGGGCAUGAAGAUCUUACAGAAACUUGGAUGGAGACCUGGUCAGGGUGUUGGCCCACGUGUGAAGAGAUUAGAGAAGGUUAAGGCUCAAAAAGACAAGCGGAGGAUGUAUGGAUGUCACUUUCCUUCAGAUGGUGGAGAUGGUGAUAAAGACGAAGAUGGAGAUGAUGAUGCAGAUUGUGACUCAGGGGUUACAUAUGCCCCUGAUGAUGUUGAAACACUAUAUCUUCCCAAUCCCAAGCAAGACCAGUUUGGCCUGGGAUACAAACCUCUUGACCGCACUCCUGUACUUGGAGGACACAUAAAUCUGUUCGACCCUUCUCCCCUCAGCAUGAAAGAGAAGAAGAAGAAAGUCUUGAUAAAGGGACAGGCAUUUGGUGUAGGAGCAUUUGAGGAUGAAGAUGAAGAUAUUUAUGCAACAGAAGAUAUGAGCAAUUACGACUUUGGUGAAGAAAAGAAAAAUGCUCAAAAGAAGAAUACGAGUCAGAAUUUCCAGUCUCCAAUGACCCUCUUAGGAUUAACAGAAAUGAUAGAAGGUUUCAAGAUAAGCACCAAACCUAGCCAAGGUCACAAAAUUUAUCCAAGACCCAACCUACCUAAAGAUUUCACUCCUAAACACCAACCAAGAAAACGGAGAUUUGAGAGAAAGGAAAAUGAGGUGCGUGGGCUUGGCAGACAUGAGAUGACACCAGAACAGAGAGCAAGACUUCUCUCAGAUAAAUCCAAAACAACUGUGGAGUUCUGCUAUCGGUAUUAUCUGGCACAGCCCAAGACCAUGACAGAAUGGGAAAGAGAACGGGAGAUAUGUGAAUUUAAUCGAGCAGCACAGCUCUUCCAGCCCCUUACAUCUACCAUGGCUAACAGGUUUGUUACAGCAGCCACAUCAGAUACCGGCCCUGUCCUGAAAGAUGGAUUGAAUACAGAAAUCCCAAAGAUUGAGCCAGUAAAUGAAGAAAUAGAGAUUGACGCACUUGGUGGUAAUGUUGCUGAUGAACGGAUAAAAGCUGCCAAAAUGAACAUGUUUGGCAAACUCACACAAGUCACUGUUGACUGGCAUCCUGACCGCUUGCUCUGUCGACGCUUUAAUGUCCCAAACCCUUACCCAGAGUCAUCAUUUGUUGGUGUCCGUAAGACUACAGGAGAAAAGCUGUCCAUUUUCAAUGUGUUAAAUGCACCUGUAGAAGACACAGCAGGCCUUCAGUCUAAAAAAUCUCAAACUAAGUCAAAAGCUGAUGAGGAUGAUCAGAGUGAAGAUGAUGAUGAUGAUGAUGAAGAUAAUGAUGGUUAUGAUGAUAACAAACCAGAAACAUUUGGUCUAAAGGUCCCAGUGGAUGGACCACCAACCAUGGACCUGUUUAAGGCUAUUUUCCAAGACAGUGACUCAGAGUCAGAUGAUGAAGAAAAAAAUGACGCAGAGGAAGAAAGUGAUGCAGAGAUGUCGGAAGUGAAAGAAGAAAACACACAAAGAUCUUUUCAGUCAUCGUCUAGGUCUUCUAAGGAAGUGAAGAAUAAUGAUGUUAAUAAUCCUGUCAUGAGAUCAGUGACUGAACUUGUGUCAACAAUAAGAGGAGAAGUGAAUACUGGUGUAAGCAAAGAGGACGAAGGAUUGAAAGAUCCUAAGAAGAAAGUUAGGGUCAGUAGGUUUGAGCCAAGAGAAGAAGUCAAAAAGGAAGAGGACGUCCCACCCAAACACAUUUUUAUACCUCGCAAAAAAGCUCCAGAACCUACUGAGAGUCAGCCAGCAAAAGGAAUAUUUGCAAACAUUGAUUUUGAAGCUUUAAACAGCUACAGAAAAUUAGAUCCAGAAACUAGCAAAGAACAGACAGAUAACAUAAGCAAUGAUGAAGGUUCUAAUGAGGCUAGAGAAAAGAAGGACAGUGAUUCAUCAGUCGACUCGGAGGAUGAAUAUGGACCCCCCAUUCCAUCCCACCUUAAGAAUAGGAAUCAGAUGAUUAGGUCGACCCCAGCGUCUGUUACCCUCCCAAGAGAUAUAGCUACAAAGAGUGCCAAUAAAGAUUCUCCAUGGAUUGUCAAAGAAGUAAAGAGUAAGAGUUCAAAGAAGCACAAACACAAAGAUAAACAUAAACAUAAAAAGGAGAAGAAGAAGAAGAAAAAGCAGAAGGAAAAGAAAAAGAAGCAUCGCAGAAGGAGCAAAAGUGAUUCAAGUACAGACUCAUCUGACAGUGAAUAAAAUUUUAAGUUAUGCAAA